GCCUGGACCGGAAGUGGAGGAGCAGCCGGAAGUAGCUGGGAUCCGUGACAGACAGACCGGCAGACAGACUUUGACAGGAGCGAGAGCUGCGGAAAGGAGUUGGUGGCCAUGGAGUUGGGCGAGCUGCUCUACAACAAGUCCGAGUACAUCGAGACGGCGUCUGGGAACAAGGUUAGUCGCCAGUCAGUGCUGUGUGGAAGUCAGAACAUCGUUCUCAAUGGCAAGACCAUUGUGAUGAAUGACUGUAUUAUCCGAGGAGAUCUGGCAAAUGUAAGAGUUGGACGUCAUUGUGUUGUGAAAAGUCGGAGUGUCAUAAGGCCACCAUUCAAGAAAUUCAGCAAAGGUGUCGCAUUCUUUCCUUUACAUAUUGGGGACCAUGUCUUUAUCGAGGAAGAUUGUGUGGUCAACGCCGCUCAGAUUGGCUCUUACGUUCACGUUGGCAAGAACUGUGUGAUUGGGCGCCGGUGUGUGUUGAAGGACUGCUGCAAAAUUCUCGACAACACAGUAUUACCCCCAGAAACUGUGGUCCCACCGUUCACCGUCUUCUCAGGCUGCCCAGGACUCUUCUCAGGGGAGCUCCCAGAAUGUACCCAGGAGCUGAUGAUUGACGUCACCAAGAGCUACUACCAGAAGUUUUUGCCCUUGACCCAGGUCUAAUGUCGCUGCUUCGUGUCUUGAAUUCGCUUGAGCUCUGAGAUGAACUUGGGGACAAAGUGAACCUGUCAGCAUCUACACAGAGCUCUUGUGUCUUUGACACCUCCCACCCUUCCUUUUUUGUUGUUGUUGGGUUUUUUUGUUUAAUUCUUUAGAAUUUCUCAAUCCUUCCAGGCUCUAAGCUGUUAAGACUUUAAUAACAGGACGUCUGGAGGAGUCGUCUCCAAAUGCUGUGCUUAAACCUUAUCUAUUAACAGUCACUUCAUACCAUUAUCUGUGGAACACAGAAUCGUCUGUUCCCAACACUCCCACCCCUGGGUCCUGUGGAUGGCUGGAUCCUGCCUGAAGCAGGCCUGCAGAGCAGAGCACUCUGUCCCAGUGUGGAGUUUACGAAGCUGGUGUGCUGCUCAUGGCCGUAAGCUCCCCACCGUGAACACUACUCACAUGGAUCACUCUCAGCUUUCCUCCUGCUAACACGCUUGGCCAGUUGCUCAUAAUCUUGGAGAAAAAGUGUUCAUGACUUUUCAGAGCCCAGAUUCCUGUUGGCUACUAAAACUUGAAGGGAGGCGUGGUUAGUAUUUCUCUUCUUCCCAAAAUGACCUCAACUGUCAUUUUAACCCAGGGUGACUAAUAAAAGACUUUCUAGCAUUCUGUUCUAGGAACUUUGGCUUUCACUAAAAGGGGAUCCCUCAGCACCCAGAUUUUAUUUUUGCAAAGUCCCAGGUUUGAGUCUCCCAUGUGGUGGACUAGUCUGGCAGCCAGUCCUUGCCUUGGUAUCUGGAGACAGCAGUAAACGCCUUAUUUCACUGAAGAUGUAGGAUUUGUAACACUUCAACCCACCCUGUACAUGCUGUAAACCUCACAGUUCAGACCAAAAUAUCUGUACUUGGACCCAAACACAUAUAUACCUGAAGGCCUCUUAAAAUCUUUCUGUGGGCACAGAUCCCCAAGGAGUAAAUGAAGUUGCCAGUGCUGUUCUUACCAUCUCCUUCUGAGUAAUAGCAUAACGCUCCCUGGUUGUGCUCUGACCUCUUGGUUUAGAAGGAAGAUUUAGAAGUGAAGACCUGAGAGGUUGGCCUUAUGUAGUGCUCUGAUUCUGCCGUGAAUAGGGUAGGACAGUUCAGCCUUGAAGGUUAGGAUCUAGCAGGAGCCGCUGGAGCCGUCUUGACUUAAUAUCCAGUUGCGGUGUUUGCAAAACCAGCUAUAUGUAAUUAUCUCCACUAGUUCCAUGUAAAACUGCCUUCUGGUUUUUCCUCUUUUUAUGUUUGUACAUUAAAAGCUUGACACAUG